AUGUCUGCUUUGCCUGGCGUGGCGAUCCAGGAGAGAAGACAGCAAAAAACGAAAAAGAAAGAAAUGGAUGAAUUUAUUUUGUGGGAUUAUGGAAUUGUUUACUUCAAGCAGUUGCGACGUAUGUUUUAUCUCGUAACCCCGAACGAGUCAUGCUUCGAAAAUGUCAACGAGGUGCCCCAUUACAUCGAUGAGUCAAAUUCAGUAUUCUUGACUUUUCUCCUAACUGAAUCAAUAAUAAGCUUUAUUCUUGCUGAUGGCAUUUAUCGUAUUAAUGAUGGCAUCACUUCAAGUAGUGCAGGCUUACUUUCAAGGCUUCCUGUCAUGUUGGUAAAAUCAGUUCAUUUGGCGACCUACAAAUGGGUGCACAAUAACUUUCAACUGCUGGAACUACCCUGGAAUAGUCCAUGCACUUGGUUUCUGACCUUUUUGUUGGUAGAUCUUGGUUACUACUGGUUUCACAGAAUGGCACAUGAGGUGAACAUAUUAUGGGCUGCCCAUCAAGUACACCAUAGUUCAGAGGAUUACAACUUGUCUACUGCUUUGAGACAAUCAGUACUUCAAACCUAUACAUCAUGGGUAAGUAAUAAAGUACCAUAA